AUGAACGCGCUUAACCCCUUCACCCAGCCCAUCCCCGACUCGGUCUCGGCGACGAUCAGCAACACCGACGCCACGCUCUGCCGCUUCAACCGGGGCAAGACGCUCUUCUCGGGCCAGUAUCUCGCCGUGGGCCAGCUCGACGGGCAGAUCACCGUCUGGGACGUCGAGACCCGCUCAGUGCUCCGCGUCCUCGAGGGUCACGUCAAGCCCAUCACCUCGAUCUCCUGGAGCUCCUGCAACCGCUACAUCGCCAGCGCCUCUUCCGACUGGAACGUCAUCAUCUGGGACCUGGCGAAAAAGUGCUUCGCGCAAGAUUCGAGCCCGUCUGGCGCCGGCCCGUCCGGCUUGCCAAACGACCUCGACGACGUCGCCUGGUUGGCGGCUCGUGCGCCCAGAGCCGAUCGGAAGCGCACCCUCCGCUUCGAUGCGCCCGUCGCCAGCGCCGAGUUCUCGCCCGAGGACAGCCGGAAGCUGCUCGUCGUGCUCGAGACUCAGGAGGCCUUCCUGGUCGAUAUGCGGGAGAAGAUCAAGGUGCGACGCAAGAGAAGGGUACGCAAGGCCGAGCCGAUGGACCUCGACACCGGCCCGCAUCAGGUCAACGGCGCGAAAGACGGCGGGAAUGCAGAGGGAGAAGGGGAGACGAAGGCUGAGGACAUCACUUACGAAGAUGUGCGCUGCUGGCCCACUCGGAUACCGCUGCGGACGGGCACGCUGACGACAGACAGCGCUUCGACUGCAGCCAAGGCCAGCGGUCCCGGGAUAACAGCGGCCCGAUUCUCGCCCCAGGCGGACAAGGUGUUUGCUGGCACAUCCAAGGGGGCCAUGCUCAUCUUUGACGCCGCGACCGCAGAGCUGCUGUCGGAGCACAAGGUCCUUGGCACCUCGUCGGGCGUCAAGGAGCUGGCAUUCGAUCGGUCCGGCAAGCACCUCGUCGUCAACACCAACGACCGAGCCGUGCGCAUCCUCAACGUGGUCACGUCACUACGCUCGGUCGAUGCCCGUGAUGAUGGCGACGCGGCUCUGGCUGCCAAGCGCCGGAAGGUCGAUACGGAGCUAGUGGUGCUGCACAAGUACCAGGACCUCGUCAAUCGCACGCCCUGGAACGGGAUCGGCUUCAGCGGAGACUCGGACUACGUCGUUGGCGGGGCGGCGCACAAGGCGGCGCACAACGUCUACAUCUGGGACCGGUCGGCGGGCACGCUGGUCAAGAUCCUCGAAGGGCCCAAGGACUCGCUGAUCGACGUCGACUGGCACCCGGAGCGACCGAUGCUGGCGAGCGUCUCCAACACCGGGGCCAUCUACAUCUGGUUCACGGCCACCGAGGAGAUCUGGUCGGCCUACGCGCCCGGCUUCGAAGAGCUCGAAGAGAACGUCGAGUACGCCGAGAGGGAGGACGAGUUUGACCUUGAGGACGAGGAAGAGGUGACGAGGCGGAAGCAGGACGAGGAAGAGGCGCUGGUCAACGUGAUCAGCCUAGGUCCGGUCACUGGUCCGGCGACCGACCUGAACUCGGGCGGAACCUUGGACCUCGGCAUGCUGCCACUGCAUCCGGCCCUACUGGUGGCGGGCACCGACACCGGAUGGCGGGAAUCGGCCACCGCCGAUGCCGACGCCGACGCCGGUGUGGAUAGCGCCGAUGGCGGAGGUUUGCACAUGCAUCCUUCUUCUUCAUCAGUCCCGACUGCAGGCGCCAACGGCGCGACCAUGUCCGAGGCGGCAGCAGCAUCGACUGCGCCGACAGCGGAAUCAGCAGCGGCGGCGGCGGCGACGGCAGGAUCAGCAGCCAUGGCAGGAGACGGCCAUGGCCAUGGCCGGCGCGACGAGAACGAGGGCAGUGGUGGUGGCGGCCACUCCGAGGCGGCAGCCGCGACUCUGCCGGAGCCGGACAAUGGGCGGACGCUGAAUGCAGGGUGGACUUGGGAGGAGCGGGAAGCCGUCUACUUUGUCCAGGACGACGACUGCGACUCGCGCUUUGUCAUUCCGCCCAGCCUCGAGGGGCUGUGA